CCCUCGCUUUACAGGCUAGUGGACCGGCAGCUCCUUACAGCUCAGGAAUGAUGUAAGCCUGUCCCCGGUCGGUAAAGCAGCAGCCACGGCUAUCAUGUCUCAGCAUAAUGUGGUUAAUGGCUGUGAACUGGUCGCUGUGUUUUUUCUUUGGCUCGGCUUCAAAUCACGAGGAUCAGCCUGCACAGGGCUCUGCUGUGCUGGAGGAGUUGGUAAUAGUGAUUCAGAGUCAGAAGAACUCCUUCCAUGCCCAACGUGGUUACCAAAGGAAGGAAAAGAUUCUGCAGGAUGCAGCUAAUCUCGGGGAGGGGCUUCCAGUGGUUCUUCUCCUCCAUGAGUUGUCAGAUUAUGAAGGAAACUGGAGCAUUCUUCCUGUUCUUCCGCUUCUCUCUGCUAUUUAUGGAGAAUCGGCAUCCUGGUUUUUGUUCAUAGAAGAGGAAACGAUGGUUAUUUUGCAUGUUCUACAAAAUGUUCUUAAGAGAUAUCCGGUUCAAGAGGAAUGGUUUUUGGGUCAGCGUCUCCAUGACAACAAACCCUCCAUUGUUCACCACUACGCCUUUUCUGAAGACCCCACUUCUUUUGGUUACCCUGACCCAGCAGCUGGUUGGGCUUUAAGUGCUGCGCUGCACCAAAGACUGGCUGAGCGGAUUCAGUCUGAGAAUCUGAAGUCGGAUUUUACCAUCGACUUGACACACGAGAUUGCUUUGUUUAUCUGGGAGGAAGGAAGAGGACCAAAGCUGACCACAGUUCCAGAGUUUUGUACAGAGACAAGAAACAACUGUGCAACCAAAUUCACAAACUACCUGCCCAACUGUGGGAAUCCUGUAUCAAAGAAUAAUAUAUUUGUUGCUGUGAAAACUUGUGAAAAGUAUCAUUCAGUGCGAGUACCAGUAGUGAAGUCCACCUGGGAAAAACACGCUGUUUAUUUAGAGUACUAUAGCGAUGUCACUGAUGCCUCCAUACCCACUAUCAACCUUGGAGUGCCCAAUACUGAGAGAGGCCACUGUGGGAAGACGUUUGCCAUCAUGAGGCGUUUUCUGAGUGAAGCUGUGCCGAAGGUUGAUUGGCUCGUCAUUGUUGAUGAUGAUACUCUUAUCAGUCUGCCCCGGCUGCGGCGACUGUUGCGAUGCUACAACCCAAAGGAAGCAGUGAGCCUGGGAGAAAGAUAUGGGUAUGGCCUGAUGCAGAACGGAUACAGCUACACAACAGGAGGAGGAGGGAUGGUACUUAGUAGGACAGCGGUGUCUAUGCUGCUCUCCAGUGGCUGCAGCUGCUACAGUGAUGAUGCUCCUGAUGACAUGGUCUUGGGGAGGUGCUUCACUUCCAUUGGGGUUCCCAUCACACACAGUUCGCUGUUCCACCAGGCCCAACCGGAUGACUACUCAGGAACGAGGAUUACCCUGCAGCACUCCAUCUCCUUCCACAAGCACUGGAGUGUAGAUCCUGUUGCCAUCUACACAAACUGGUUGCAGGACUCGCACCCAAAAGAUGAACUGUGAUAAAAAUCUUCACGAGGAUAUCGGCUGUAAAGCUCUAUUGAGUCUGUCAGAACGCUGGAAAGACUUUCUCUUUCAAUGUGACGGGAACUUUUUUCACACUUUUAUUUUAGAAAAACACAGAACGGGAACAGUGGUGAAAUGGAAGGAAAAUGAUUCAUUGUUUUCAUAUUUCUUGUAAUAAAAGUGUGAUGUGCCUUUUGAA